GGAAAAUAUUCGUAGUCCACAUCUGUCUCUUUCUUUCCUUCGGUUCCAGUUUGCCUCUUCUCUCUUUCACAUAAUCCGGUGUAAACUGGAUCAGAGUAGUUAAAUCGGCGAAUACACCGAGAAAUCCUUUUAGAAAAUUAAAUUCCGAAAAUCUUGAGGGCGACUCUCGGGGCCACCAAGUCGGUACAGUUUUCACGUGGCUCAGGCAGUCGAGAUUUCCUUUUCCAUUCAAAGUGCUGCAUCAGUCCACCCUCCGUCGUUAUGUCCAACGAGGAAACUUCCGCCGAUCGCAAUGUUGAGAUUUGGAAGAUUAAAAAACUCAUUAAGAGCCUGGAAAUGGCCAGGGGGAACGGAACGAGUAUGAUUUCUUUAAUCAUACCUCCUAAAGACCAAAUAUCAAGAGUCAGUAAGAUGUUAGCUGAUGAGUUUGGUACAGCUUCUAAUAUUAAGUCUCGUGUAAAUAGAUUAUCUGUAUUAGGAGCUAUCACAUCUGUGCAACAUAGAUUAAAGUUAUAUACGAAAGUGCCCCCAAAUGGCCUAGUGAUAUAUUGCGGUACAAUUGUGACGGAAGAGGGGAAGGAGAAAAAAGUCAAUAUUGAUUUUGAGCCAUUCAAACCUAUUAAUACAUCUUUAUAUCUCUGUGAUAAUAAGUUUCAUACAGAAGCUCUUACGGCACUGCUUGCGGAUGAUAACAAAUUUGGAUUUAUUGUAAUGGACGGUAACGGUGCGUUAUUUGGUACACUCCAAGGAAACACUCGUGAAGUUCUUCAUAAGUUUACCGUUGACUUACCGAAAAAGCAUGGUAGAGGUGGACAGUCGGCGCUUCGAUUUGCUCGAUUGCGUAUGGAAAAGCGACACAAUUACGUUCGUAAAGUUGCCGAAGUUGCGACACAACUCUAUAUUACGAAUGACAAACCGAACAUUGCUGGUUUGAUUCUGGCUGGUAGUGCUGAUUUUAAAACAGAACUUAGUCAGUCGGACAUGUUUGACCCUAGAUUGCAGGCUAAAGUCAUAAAACUAGUGGACGUGUCUUACGGCGGAGAGAAUGGCUUUAACCAGGCUAUCGAACUAGCUGCUGAGUCUUUACAAAAUGUUAAAUUCAUCCAGGAGAAGAAACUCAUUGGACGUUAUUUCGACGAAAUAUCACAGGAUACCGGAAAGUAUUGUUUUGGAGUCGAAGACACAUUAAGAGCGCUGGAGCUGGGUAGUGUGGAAACUCUUAUUUGUUGGGAGAACCUCGAUAUUCAACGGUACGUUCUGAAGAACCACACGAACGCCGAGGAAAAAGUUCUUCAUCUAACGCCAGAACAAGAAAAGGACAAAACCCAUUUUACGGAUAAGGAGAGCGGGGUGGAAUUAGAAUUAGUGGAGUGCCAGCCUCUACUUGAGUGGCUUGCGAACAAUUACAAGAGUUUUGGAGCGACCUUAGAAAUCAUCACAGACAAGUCUCAAGAAGGUUCGCAGUUCGUGAGAGGUUUCGGUGGGAUAGGAGGAAUCCUUCGCUACAAAGUCGAUUUCCAGUCACUGCAGGCUGACGAGCCUCUUGAUGACGUUGAUCUCGAUGAUUACUAAUUUCAUCUACGAAUUUUUCAAAGUCAGCCAGGUAUUUUGCGGUACAAAGUGGAUUUUCAAAGCAUGCAACUGGAGGAGAUUGAAAUUGAGAAUUUCGAUCUGGACGAUUAUUAAAAGCCACCGGUUUGGCAAGCAAUCAGUUAUUUUAUCAUCCGAGGAACAGCGCCUGUAUACGUUUUAGUUAACACACGAGUAUUUCCGGAGGGGCACGAGGAGAGAAACCACUAAGAAAAAAGAAAAAGAAGUCACCAUUCGACACAAUGCAUUCACAGCCGUCGUGAAAAAUUGUGGUGUAAAAUCGAGAGACGUUUAUCGAGCAGGCUUCUUGCCAGUGUAUGAAGGUACGAGUGACUUCUACGUAGGACAUUGUACGACGUAAAUGCAGUUCACGUAACCUACAUCUGCAAGAUUUUCAGCCACCAACCGCUGAGUCUAUUUAAGCUGGCUUAAUACCUACUUACUGCGUUACUGUGACACUAUCUUGCAUUCCCAUUAAAUGAAUUAUUUGCCUAGAAACCGAUUGUUGAAAUUUUCUGUCACGAGGUAAGAACUAGGAACUAUCAGAGACACACGUAAGACAUUCGACAGAGUUGGGGGAGCUAAAUUCUGCCAAAAUUCGCGUACCUCGCAAUGUUCGAUUAAAGUUCGUCCUUUGAUUGAGUGCGAUUUUAUAAACAUUAUGGGAAAAAGAAAAAAUAACCGAGCUUUGAUCGCCACAUUGUGCGCGGUCGUGUAUCGUUGUUUUUUCUUUUUGUUUGUAUACAGUCAUUGGAUGUACUAUAAUAAACUGCAUCGAUAUGGUGGUAA